CCCUACAGGUAAAUCUGACACUUGCUAGGAUUUGAGAACCACUGCUCAAGAGGUUCCUCUUGUUUUUCAGCCUCCUUGACAUUCAACACUCACCCACACUGAACCAGAGGCUAUCACCAUGACGAGGGACCAGAAUGGAACCUGGGAGAUGGAGAGUAAUGACAACUUUGAAGGCUACAUGAAGGCCCUAGAUAUUGAUUUUGCCACCCGCAAGAUCGCAAUCCAUCUGACUCAGACAAAGAUUAUUAAUCAAGAUGGCGAUAACUUCAAGACAAAAACCAACAGCACGUUCCGCAACUAUGAGCUGGAUUUCACUGUUGGAGUGGAGUUUGAGGAGUACACGAAGGGCCUGGAUAACCGGACUGUUAAGACGCUGGUCACCUGGGAAGGUGAUGUCCUCGUGUGCGUGCAGAAGGGGGAGAAGCAGAACCGUGGUUGGAGGCAGUGGGUUGAAGGGGACAAGCUGCACCUGGAUCUGACCUGUGGUGACCAGGUGUGCCAUCAAGUGUUCAAGAAGAAGUAAUGGCCACAAGGAGCCCGCGAAGCCUGGGCUCCACACUCCACCAAGGGUUCUCUGCGGCCUUUGGGAAGCAGCCGGUGGGGGCGACUCUCCCACUCCUGACAGAGCCCAUUAAGACAUCUGUAUGGAUUUUAAAUAGAAUGAGUGUGUGACAGUUGACAGACAUAUUCUUCCUUCUUUGAAACCUGGCAUUAAAUGAAAAAACAAAAAUCACUCCCAUACUUUGAAACCCUUUA